ACUAAGUAUUAAAAAAAGGACAAGCGUGACAUCCACUCUGAUAAAAUCUCUUUCUUUUUCUCCCUCCCCCCCCUCCCCCUCCCCCUUCUCUUUAUCUCUCUCUCUUUUUUCUUUCUGUUUUUGAGAACCGAGUCCUCUCUCUCUGUGUCUUAGUACUAUUAGCUUUUUCCCCCUUCUUCCCUCUCUCACACAAUCAGACAAAUAAAAGAUAAAGAUAACAACAUCAAAAUGAACAUAGCGAUAAGAACAUGAGCAAAGGACAGGGAUUUUAGGUGGAAAAAAUGGCAAUAGAGCACAAUGAGCAUCAAGAACUAUCACAAUCUUUUCUUUUAGAUGCACUUUACUGUGAAGAACAAGAAGAAAGAUGGGGUGAUUUGUUAGAUGAUGAUGAUGAAGAGGGAGGGGUUAUUGUUAAUCCAAAAUCUGAUUCUUUAUUGCCUUUGCUUUUAUUGGAACAAGAUUUGUUUUGGGAAGAUGAAGAGCUUCUUUCACUUUUUACUAAAGAAAUGGGAACUCAGUGUUGCUUUGAGAGUUUUGAGAAUGACCCUUUACUUUGUUCAGCUCGUGUUGAUGUUGUGGGAUGGAUAAUGAAAGUGAAUGCUCAUUAUGGCUUCUCUGCUCUGACUGCUGUUUUAGCUGUUAAUUACCUUGACAGGUUUCUUUCUAGCCUCCAGUAUCAGAAUGAUAAGCCUUGGAUGAUUCAGCUUGCUGCUGUUACUUGUCUUUCUUUAGCUGCUAAAGUUGAAGAAACUCAUGUUCCCCUUCUUCUUGAUUUCCAGGUGGAAGAUGCAAAAUAUGUGUUUGAGGCAAAGACCAUACAGAGAAUGGAGCUUCUAGUGCUGUCUUCAUUGAAAUGGAGGAUGAAUCCAGUGACCCCACUGUCAUUUCUUGAUCAUAUAAUAAGAAGGCUUGGGCUAAAGAACGAUGUUCACUGGGAAUUUCUGAGAAGAUGUGAAAGUCUUCUUCUAUCUGUCAUGGCAGAUUGUAGAUUCGUACGUUAUAUGCCUUCUGUAUUGGCCACUGCAAUUAUGCUUCACGUUAUUCAUCAAGUUGAGCCUUGCAAUGCUAUUGAGUACCAAAAUCAGCUUCUUGAGGUUCUCAAAAUUAGCAAGGAGAAAGUGAACAAUUGCUUUGAACUCAUUUCGGAAGUGUCUUCUAAGCCAGUUAUGUCACACAAGCGCAAAUAUGAUGAAAAUCCAAGUAGCCCAAGUGAUGUAAUUGAUCCAAUUUGCAGUUCAGAAAGCUCAAAUGACUCAUGGGAUUUGGAUUCUUCUUCAUAUUUGCCUAUGUUCAAGAAAAGCAGAGUUCAAGAAGAGCAAAUGAAAUUGGCAUCAUCAUCAAUGAGCAGAGUUUUUGUGGAAGCUAUUGGCAGUCCUCAUUAAAUCAAUUAAUUAACCACACCCCUUUAUCUCUUCUUUGUAAUGUCAUGUGGUGGGUAGCACUAAAUAUUUAUUCAUAUUCAAGAAGUAUUAUUUCCUUUUAUGUCAUUUAAAAAAAAAAAAGAGAAGAAUGGUUAGCUGGUGGAUUGCAGUAAGAGGAGUGGCUGGCUUGGCUUUUCUUUUUUUUGAUGGGAGGAGGGGAGGUGUAGUCUACUAGUACUGGAAAGCCAGAGAGAGAGAGAGAGAGAGAGAGAGAGAGAGAGAAAAGACAGAAUAUCUGCACUCUUUGUUUUACUCUCUAUUCAUUUCUAUUUCUCUCUUAAGUCUCUUUCAUGCAUGCAUACUUUUCAUGGACAUAUUUAAUAGUAUUGCCCUUUACUAUAAAAAUUCAUAAAAUGUUUUCUUUA